AUGGUUUGCCAGGGAGGAUCACAAUGUAAAAAACGUGCUGCUGCCGCCUCCUCGGUUCGGAAGCUGUUUUGCCCUCUGCCGUAUGAGCCACGUUACCAUCAGGCCCACUCCCUCUCCAACAAACUCUUGCGAUUUUCAAGCGUUCCCACGGUUGAACCGCGCGCGGCCUUGGUUUUAAAUCGAUUCACCCGGUCCUCUACUAUCGUUUUCGCGACCAGCAACGCCACAGCGGUUCUGGGGUUAGCCCCAGAUUGGCUUGUUUCAAGGAGCUUCUAUUCUCUCAUAGACGAGAGUUAUUUGGCCCAAACGGUUCGAUGCUUGGAGAACAGCAAGUCGAACGAUACAACCGCAUAUUUGCGCGUUCCGUUACGAGGUCGAUUUGAAGAAUACGACGAGCUCGGGGUGAUCGAAAAGGUGGAUGAAUUCCUGAAUGAAAGAGAUUGUCAAGAGGAACACAAGCUUGCGAAAUACUGGCCAUCCAAAAUCAACGAUAAUCGUGUUUUGGGCCCUCCCAACUUCCCGAUAGACAAUUUUUAUGGGCCGCUUAAUACAACAUUGGCAAAGAGAGUUUCAGCAAGUAUGGAAAUCGAAGCAAUAAUUACCUGCGCGUCAGAUGGCAUCAUUGUUACCAUCAGACCGUCUAAGCCAGGAGGUUAUAAUCCAGCCCAUGUCAAUGAUGCACCAGGUUCACUGAGGGGCAGCGCACCUCCCACACAGGAUGAAAACCCGACCAAGGAGCCACCAUAA